UCUGAAGAAGAUAAUAACAGAAAAUUAGUCAAUAUGAUUAAUGCUGAAUUAGUUAGUCUAAAUAAUCAUAACAGCCUUAUUAGUGACAAGUUGAAUACUUUUGAAGAGUUGUUGAAGAAUGAAGAAUUAAUUGCAGAUACAAGAUUCUUUUAUCAUGAAACACACCCUACUUUAGUUCUUGGUGAAGAAUAUCUUUCAGAUAUUACCAAUACACCUACUGCUGAAAAUAAUCUAAUUAUUAUUGAAUGA